UGCAUUUGUUUUGUUUUUCACACUGUGUUGUUGUGUUGCUUUUUGCGUGGUUCUCAAUAAUAAUUCAAUCAUGAAUACCUGUGUUAAAACUUUUACCGCGAAUGAACACCAGUUGUUUAACAUUCCCCGGUUUGUGGAGGACAUCGAGCAAAGUAAUGCAUCAGUGAAAGAGGCCGGAGUGUUUAAGGUAGUACUGGAGGAUUCAAUCAAAGGAAAAGGAUCUCCAUUAAAGAUAUUCCUUAAUCUCGAUAAAGAACGCCUAGCGGAAGCCUAUAAGCAAUUUGCCGUCCAUUUGCCACACUGCUCUUCAGUCUUUGCCCUCCGAUCCUACCCUCACUCACGUAGUGAACCGGGCAAACAAGUUGAAAACGAAAUGCAGCAAUGCUCUGCACAGGAUAUUACAAAUUUCGUGGAUGCAGUGACGAAUGAAAAAAAUUACACCAUGUCCAGCUGUUGCUCGUCUGCUCUAGAGAAGUCUGAAAAUGAUUUGGUGAAACACUUUUAUAGUGAUGUUCUUCCUAAGAAAGCUAUACAUCUUAACCGAAGUGGACCCUCCCUCUCCAAACUUAAAAAACAGGGAGAAUGUGAUGCUGCGUCACUUCGAAAGUUCUUUGAUCGUUUCCAGACUCUUGCGAUUGGACAGAAGAAGAAGGUUGUAGACACUGCAAUGUCAAAGGACACUAGGAUUACGGAAGAAGUAUGCUCUUGUUCAGGCUGCGCCACUGACAACGUCUCUUGUGAAGGAAGUGACUUGAAGAAAGGAGUGAUGUACGGGUCAGGCAUUGAGUUGACUUUCAACGACAGGAUAAGGAUGAGCCCUCAUUUUGGAUUGUAUUGCCUGGCCUCUACUUCACUGCUACGGCUUUUGCCCAAUCACUACCCUGGAAUCACUUUACCUUUCUUGUACUACGGCAAUACUCACUCCUUCUUUGCUGCGCAUAUUGAAGAUUUCUCUUUAUACUCAUGGAAUGUACUACACUACGGAGCACCUAAAAUCUGGCUUGUCAUACCACCAAAAUAUGUGAGAAAGCUGCACAAUUGUUUAGUGCAAUGCACACAAAGUUUAGCCCACUCAACUUGCAGCAACCUUCUUGGCCACAAGUAUUAUGUUAUUACCCCACAAUGGCUGCAGGAAUAUGGAAUUCCUUUUAAUGUGGUUGUACAGAGAGCAGGAGAGAGCGUAGUUGUAUGUCCCAACGCAGUCCAUGUGGGAUUUAAUUCAGGCUUCAAUAUAGCUGAGGCAUGUAACUUCGCUACCGAAAGCUGGAUACCAUAUGGAAUAGUUGCACCUCAGUGCAAGUGCAUGGGUUUUGAAGCACACUUGGACAUUGCGAGACUUGUAGCUGCAACAAGACCUGACCUCUUGGAAAACUAUACAAAGCAGACGAUGCCUGUGGUUCCGAAGGAAGAAGACCCAUACUUCUACUCUUCUAUUCUCAAAGAAGAUAAAGGCAACAACUUGAGGGAGUCUUCAAGUGAAAAAAAUGAGACAGAAGAGAAUGAGGAAGAUGUUGCGAUGCCACAGGAUGAGCACGCCAUGCCUGCAGCGCCUGCAGUACCUUCUAGGCCAGUAGGUAGGAAGGUUGUCUGCUGUCCGAAACCUUCCUGUUCAAAAGAGUAUGGCUAUGGAAAGACAAAAAGAAUGAGGGACCACGUUGAUAAGUGUCACAGUAAUGACCGAAGGUAUCAACAAUAUAUAAAGAAGCUUGAUGCUCUUUAUCCACCAAGAAACAAAACUAAGAGACAGACUUGUCUCUUGUGCGGGAAGUCCGUAGCAGGAACACAAGCUCAAAUGACAAGGCAUAAAAAUGGAUCAAAGUGUGAUCCAUCUGGAAAGAAAGCCAAGAGAUCAGGUGUCCACAAGAACUUACAGCUAUAAUUCAGGUUAUUUCUGAGUAUUAUUUACAAAGCUCAAGUAAAGAAUAAUCUUCAGUUGAAUUAAGUUCAAGUUCAAGUACUUUAAGUCCAAGUGCAAUUGUUUUCUCAAAAACAAAAAAAAGUUUAUUGUCAAUAAAUAAUAUUUUGUAU